AUGGCACCUGCACCCGAGCCACCGGCUUCGAUCACGUUGCGAAUCAAAGUCCCGCCCGGUCACAUCCCAGGCGGCGCGGACGAGUUCACCCUGGGGACAGAUAUCCCAGUGGUAUGGAGAAUAGGUCAAAUUAGAGAACGCAUUGAAGAGGCGAUUCCAUCUAGCCCGACACCAGAGAGGCAGCGUUUGCUGUACGGAGGACGAGCACUGGUGGACAACGAGCAAACAUUGGCAGAUGCUCUGAACAUCAGGAGAGAUCCUUCUCAGGACGAAUAUGUGAUACAUCUUCUCGUCAAGGGCGAGGGCACUAAUACCAUCCCCAUACCGCACAUGAGAGGUAUGAACACAUCGAGCCGGUCAGCAAGUCCGGCCCACGCAGGGAUAGGAACCGGUGUUCCACCCGCUGCACCUGUACCAGCGCCGGCCGAACCUAACAUGCCUCCCAAUCUACAUCAGCAAGUACCUCAGAACAUGCAGCCGCAGCCCGGAAACAACCAACAACGACCUCCGAACCAAGGCGGAUUUCACGUGCAAGGCAUUGGUCCUAACGGCGAGCGGAUUACGAUCCAUCAGCAGACAAUGAAUAUUCCACACGCGGGCCCACACAUGCAUCCAGGUGCUCAAUUUAUGCCUGGUGUGCAGGGUAUGCAUGGGCUCCCGGGGAUGCACGGAAUGCCUGGCAUGCCUGGAAUACCUGGAAUACCUGGAAUACCUGGACUAACUGGAAUACCUGGAAUACCUGGAAUACCUGGACUACCUGGAAUACCGCCCUUUGGUUUUGGACUUCCACCAGGAGUACAACACCCGAACACCAUGCGGCCUCCCGGAACGUCCGCGUUGGAUCAAGCACGCGAGAAUAUUGUCGAGAUGCGUCGCAUGCUUGACGAAUUACGAAGCUCUGAGGCAGCCUCUGAGGCUCAGCGUGGCGAGAUUACAAGACUUGAGGAGAGGACCCAGGCGUUGAGCGAUUAUAUCGAUCCACUGCGCCUGGGCACGCAACAUCGGGCAAGGUCUCAAUCACCCCGAACUGCUGGUGUAAGCAACGGUUUUGCAGCUACAACAUCCCACAAUACCACUGCGCCAUCCACGAACGUGUCAACUAAUUGGCAACAGAGAGCUCAACAGAUGCGUCAAGCCCAACAGCAGUCAAAUACAAGCUCUACCGAUGUUACCUGCUAUCUGUUGUCGUCUCCAAUGGGCCCUCAAGCUAUUUUACACUCACCUGAGUUUGGAAUUUUCACAGGAACGCAACAGCAUCAGGCAGGUACAACUUCAACGGGACUGCGGUCAAGGCCUACUUCUACGGCACAGUCACACCCGACCACUCCAGCCGCGGGAAAUCAAAUACAAGCCAAUCAAGCUGUAGCUCUACCCCAAGGACAGGGCGAUAACGGGCCGCAAGCUCAAGUUCAGCUGCCAGGCGCGCAACAAGAUCCACUGGGGCCUCUCGCGCCAAUCCUUGGCCAUUUGUGGCUCUUGCUGCGCAUUCUCAUCUUCAGCUACUUCCUUCUUGGCGCAAACAUGGGCUGGAGGCGUCCUCUAGCGCUACUCGCCAUUGGACUUGGAUUCUGGAUGAUCCGAGCCGGACUACUUGGGGAUGGCGGCGCAGUGAGGCGAUGGUGGGACGGAAUCGUGAAUGACGGCCAGCGACCGGCUCAACAACGUGGUGAGGGACAAGAUCAAGCGCAACAAGAACAGCGGCAAGGCCAGCAGCCGCCGCUAGGUCAGGGACAAGGUCAAGCACAAGGGGGUAUAAGGCCUGGACAGAUGCCAACUCCCGAGCAAUUCGCACAGAGACUUUUGAACCAGGACGCCAGAGCACGGGAUCAGGCUCGUAAUGAGCGUUACCAAUGGAUACGAGACCGAGUGAGACCAGUCGAAAGAGCUGUCGCACUACUUGUUGCUAGUCUUUGGCCUGGUGUUGGUGAGGCAUACGUCCGGGCGCGUGAGCAAGAAGAGAGGAGAAGGGCGGAGGAAGAGGUUGCCGCUAGAAGGCAAGAGGAGGAGGAGAGACAGCGGCAGGAAGAGGAGAAGAAGCAGCAGCGAGAGUCGAACGAGGAGGGCGACGAAAGCCAGAAGAAGAUCCAAGGAACGGACGCAGUGACUGGAUCCACUCCGACUGGAAAUAUUGAACAGAAGAGCUCUUGGGCUCAAGCCGGGGAACCUGGGCCGUCAUGA